AUGGGUUAUACUGUGAUAGGCUACCCUAGCAGGGCUCACAAAAGGAAGAAACAUGUUCGUCAGUGUCACAUAUUGCCUAGUGAUGAUCGGUUGGUGAGAGAUACGGCCAGCCCCAGUGUAGGUGUGCAGGAGGUUGAACGUCCGACGAGCCCAUUAAAAAGGCCAAGAAGCUUGCAAGAUUUGCCAGUCGAGAUUAUUCAACGCAUAUUUGUUUUAACUCAAGAUGCUAACCUUAUGCGAUCUUUGAAUACUUACUUUAAUCAUAAUCUUCAAUUGACGGACUCAUUGUUGCAUGAAAUGUACAAGACAUACAUGUACGACCCAGUAGCCGAUGGAUUCAUUCCAAGAGCUUCGUGCCCAGAGUAUAACAAUGUCAUUUUGAGUACAGCACUGUUUCAUAAUGAAGCUGUUAUGAGUUAUUUGGAAAGGAACAGCAGCCUUUUAUGCGAAGUUUGGACUUAUCUCGAUGAAGAAUUGAUCGAUCAUAGAUAUAGCAGACCAGAAACGAAAGCAUCGAUACAACGAUCCCUCCAAUUGGCUAAAGAUGGAACAUUGGGUGACUUCCCUCGAAGCUUCUAUGAAAAAUUUGGUCGCUAUCUCACUUUGCAAUCAUUGCUGCUACACUUGAGUCACCACUACGUCUUAUAUGAACCUUUUCGAUUUAUGGAGGAUUUCUUUAGAUGGGUAUUCACGACAUUUACGUCAGUAGUUAAAGAUUAUGGAGACAUUUUGGAUGUGCUGGAUACAGUCUACGAAAUUGGUCGAAGAUUUAUCCCAGAGACCUAUGAAGGAUCAUCACCGUUAGUGACGCUCAUUGAACUUUUGUUCGAGAGCGACCGUCCCUUAGAGGUACAAACGUACGCUGAUAAACUCGCACUCAACUCGAAAGACUCAGAUAGCCCAUUUAUUGAGAAAUCUAAGCUCAGGGGUCGCGUGGAUUCCAGAGUUCUCAUAAUCGAACAAGUCGUUCAAUUCUAUUAUACCAAAGAGCAUAUAUAUCCAUGUCUUUCCGACUACGACCUCUGGAGUGCUAUCCGCCGAAUAAACAACAUGAAGUUGAUUCAAGUAAUUGAGAAAUAUGGCGGUCAACCUCAGUAUAGUCUUUUCACUUGA